AAACGGUUUGUUUUAUGUUUCUUACAUUAACAAUUCAUUUUUUCAACAAUACAGAUGCUAAACUUGUCCUACUUUUAUUGAGUGUAUUCAUAAUUUUAAGGAAGUCAUGUACAAUGGAAGAUAUUGAGAAUGUUUGAUGUUAGAUGACUACGACCAUGUCUGGUGAGAUAUUUAACCCACCUGACAGUUUAGAUGAUUUAGAUGUUACACGAUGGAACCCACUUAUGUGUUACCUGUGUACUGAGAAAUACGAAGAACCGUGCAUUCUGGGAUGUUAUCAUAGCUUUUGUUCUCGUUGUUUGAGCGGGAGAGAUGUGGAAGGGAAAAUGAUAUGUCCACUCUGUGGAUUAAGUACACACAUAAAGGAUGGUGAGGAUCUGCCUCCUUCUGACAGACUGAUGAAGUUUCUGGUAGAAUCUACUGGUGAUGAAGAGAAAGAAAAAUGUGCUAACUGUGAUAAUGAGUUUGAACAGAUGUUCUUCUGUAACACAUGUGACCAGCCAUUAUGUGAAGCAUGUAGAGAGGAUACACAUAAAGCUAAGAUGUUUGCCAAGCAUGAUAUUGUAGUCUUAUCUAAAAGAACAAAAGAAAUCCACAGGGAAUGUGCAAUCCAUCAAGAACCCUACAUUUUAUUCUCCACAGAAAGGAAGACAAUGUUAUGUAUUAAUUGUUUUAGAGAUAUGAAAGUAGAGAGUAGAUCAUAUUGUGUAGACUUAGAAACAGCUUAUACCCAAGGCUGUAAGAAGUUAGAUCAAAGUAUGAUGGCAAUCAAAGACUUACAGAUUUCAGUAAGAGAUGCUAUAUUAUUGUUGAAAGUCUUACUUGAAGAAAUUGAACAUAAUGCUGAUAAAGAGAAAACAGCUGUUACUGAAUUAUAUGAUCUAUUACUGGAGAAAAUAACUGAAACUAAAACAUCUUUAUUAGAGAAGGUUGAUAGACAAUAUCAAAGUAAGGAUAAAGCCUUCAAAGCAGAGUUAGUGAACCUGAGUACACUGUUACCCACCUUACAUACCCACCUAGUAACCAGUGCAGCUUUUUGUUCAUCAGCAAAUAGAUUUGAGUUUCUAGACUUAGCAUAUGUUUUAAUGGAGAGACUUAAGUCAAUCAUACAAUUACAACAUCCACUUCAUCCAUCGGAGGGAAGUCAGAUCAUCACAGACUUUAAAUCAAUGUUUGCAAAGUGUUUAGAACCUCUAUUGUUUCCCCCACCAAAGACAACAACAAUAAUCACUAGUACAUCUACCAUAGGGUUGACUGGAUCUUCACUUAAUGUGUCUACAUCAUCAUAUUCAGGUCUAAGAACCGAGUUUCCCAGCACUGUAUCUGUAAACUCGUCACCAUCCCACACUCCACAGUAUCUACAGAGAGGACACGCAGGGUAUAACUCACUCAGGUUCAAACUCUAUUGUUUAUAUUUCAGAACUGAGUUUCCCAGUACUGUAUCUGUAAACUCGUCACCAUCCCACACUCCACAGUAUCCACAGAGAGGGCACGCAGGGUAUAACUCACUCAGGUUCAAACUCAUAGAGAGUAAAGGGAUAUUUGCUGAACACUGUGUUGAGUUCGAUACUUCACAUAAGGAAUUGUAUUCCAAUACUGAGAAGUUGAAGACUCAGAUCCAGGAGUUACAGAGAGAUCUGACGGUCAGAAGAUGUUUGGCUAAGAUGACCAUGGUGACAGAGUUAGAUGUACAGAUUGAAGCAUUGCAGCAAGGUCUUCAGGAACAUUUUACAAAGAAUGAACAGAAACAAAUCUUACUGGAAAAGCAUUGGGAAGAUUCAGUUCAAAGAAUAGCUACAGAACAGGAACUUUAUCAAGCACAACUACAUGACAUCAUAAGAUUAAAAGAAGAAACAGAAAAGCUGAAAACUAUUCUCUCCAGAAUGAGCUCAUUUGUCAGCUCCAUAGCAUCAGUUACUGAAAGGAUUGCACCUAAACUUGGCAAAACCACUAAAGACUGUGAACAUGAUACGAAAAUAGCACAGAUAUUUGAACAAAUCAGUACAAUGAAUCCAGACUCACAACACAGGGUUGAUGCUAUAAGAACUGCACAGGAAGAAAGGGAAACACUGACAGCAAACCGACAGAAUCCCUUAGACGAAGAAUUGAUCAAAACAAAAGGAAAGUUGAAAGCUCCUUCUGCCAGGAAGGAGGCGGGUAGGAAAGAUUCUACAAAAAGGAAUUCUAGAGAAGUUAAGGAAAAUGUAUUAGAUUCUCCCAAAUCAGAAACAAUGAAUGAAGAAAAGGAAACAAUUCAAGAAAAACAAAAUGGGCAAGAGAAAGAUUCAGGAAAAAAUCAAAAAGACAUAAAUACAAUAGAAAAAACAGAUUCUACCCAAAAUGUGAUGGUGAAUGGUAUAACAGAAGAUAGUAUAGUGUUCAGUCAAAAUAUCGAGGAAAACGAUACUGUUCAAAAUAAAAAUAGUGAAAUUGAGGAUAAAAAGCUUCCAAAAACAAACCAAAAGAAGAAGGAUGAGGGAAUGCUGAAAUCACCAACAUUAAAACAAAAUCAGAAAGAAGGCUGUCUUAAAAAAUCUCCUACUUCUUCAAAGUCUGAUGAAACAAAUCAAAAUAAAGAGAAAAAAGAUGAUGAGAAAAAUAAAGAAAGUGCAGUUGAGACUAAAAUGUUUCCAAAAUUAAAACAAAAGGAGAAAGAUGAGGGAAUGCUAAAAUCACCUACAUUAAAACAAAAUCAGGAAGAAGACGGCCUUCAAAAAUCUUCUCUGCCUAAGUUUGAUGAAAAUAAUCAAAAUACUGAGAAAAAAGAUGAUGAGAAAAAUAGAAAAAGUGAAAUUGAGACUAAAAGACUUUCGAAAUCAAAGCAAAAGGAAAAAGAUGAGGGAAUGCUAAAAUCACCAAUAUUAAAACAAACUCAGAAAGAAGCAGAUGGUCUUCAAAAAUCGCCUUCUACUCCAAAAUCUGUUGAAAAGAUUAAUACAAAUCAUGAUGCAAUUGGCAGCAUUCAAAUUGAAUCAAAACUAGACGGAAAACAACAGAGAAAGACACACAAUACUUUUGAUUUUAACGAUAUUGACUGUGUUAAAACAUUUGAAAAUCUAUUAAAUGAUGACCUCAAACUAGAAAAGGUGCUAGAACCUAGUGAUUUGAAUAAAACUGAUGAUGAAUCAUUUACUCUACCUAAAGAUUUUGUUGCAUCAACUGUGAAAGGAUUUGAAAAUCACAGUUUGCAAAAUUCCCCUGAAAAGGGAGAUAACCCUGUCAGGAGAACAAGAAGGUCAAGGAGAAAUAAACAGUCCAAUGAGAAUUCUCUUUCAUUAUUUGACACAAACUGUAAUAAUACUCAAAAAAGUGAUAGUCAGGAAAUAAAAUCUGACAAUAAUACAAUCAAUGGAACUUUAGAGGAUCUUUUAAACACUUCAAUAGGAAGUAGCAUUAGUGGAGAUUUAAACACAUCCACAGGAAGUAGCAUUAGUGGAGAUUUAAACACAUCAACAGGAAGUAGCAUUAGUGUAGAACAAAAUGGUAUUGAUCAAACUUUCGAAUCAAAUGUACUUAAAGAAGACAAUGCACUUAGCAAGAAAUGUAAUCAAGUUAAAACAGUUGUGAGAAAGUUGUCAGAAUCUGUUCAAUGAGUGUGUCCUUAGUCAUGUUAGUGACAUUUUGUGAGGAAGUUUUCAGGAUCUGUUCAAUGAGUUUCUCCAUAUUAACAUUUUGAGAAGUUGUGAGAAUCUGUCCAGUAAGAGUCUCCACAUUUGAUAUUUUGUAACUGCCUUCAUUACUAAUAUGUUAUCAAAACAAUUGGUGCUAAUUAUUAAAUUAUUUUAUAAUCUU